AUGAAUGACACCAGUCAUAAGAAUGACACCAGUAACAGGAAUGACACCAGUAACAGGAAUGACACCACUCACAAGAAUGACACCAGUAACAGGAAUGACACCACUCACAAGAAUGACACCAGUAACAGGAAUGACACCACUCACAAGAAUGACACCAGUCACAGGAAUGACACCAGUCACAGGAAUGGCACCACUCAAAGGAAUGGCACCAGUCACAGGAAUGGCACCACUCACAAGAAUGACACCACUCACAAGAAUGACACCACUCACAAGAAUGACACCACUCACAAGAAUGACACCACUCACAAGAAUGGCACCACUCACAAGAAUGACACCACUCACAAGAAUGACACCACUCACAAGAAUGGCACCACUCACAAGAAUGGCACCACUCACAAGAAUGGCACCACUCACAAGAAUGGCACCACUCACAAGAAUGGCACCACUCACAAGAAUGACACCACUCACAAGAAUGACACCACUCACAAGAAUGGCACCACUCACAAGAAUGGCACCACUCACAAGAAUGACACCUCUCACAAGAAUGACACCACACAAGAAUGA